CAACGCACGGACUACAUAAUUAUAUAAAUUGUAAAUAUUUGGAUUUAAUAUUUCAAAAUAUGAUAAAAGUUGUGCUCACAAAACGUGUAACUAAUAGUGAAUAUUAUAAAAAAAUAUAUUGAAUUUUAUACGUAAUUAAAUACUUAUAUGUACUUACAUCUAACAUCCAAUAAUAAAAUAAUUAAUCGAGAAUUUUAAUUUAAUUAAAAUACCGAUUUACAUAAAACCGUGGGUAGUUUCACAUUUUUUCUGUUAUUUUCAAUAACAUUGCUUAAAAAAUGUGGAUUGUUAUAAUUAUUUCCUCACUGUUAAAAGUGAUAGAAGCGUCCAAUACGCCUGAUGGUUUUCAUCAGACAUUUAGGUUAUUGAACGAUGGUAACGUAAUACCUGCUUUAUCCUUUGGUUCGUGGGCAAAUACAAGUGAUUUACCUAAAGUAAUUCCAUCUGUAAUAUACGCAAUAGAAGUUGGAGUCAGACAUCUGGACACAGCACAUCUAUAUGGGACUGAGCAUUUAGUUGGAGAAGCUCUAUCCAAUGUUUUUGAGAGAGGAGUAAUUCGAAGAGAAGAUAUGUUUAUAACAACAAAGUUGGACGUCUCUGUACCAAGCCGAGAAAUGGUGAUACCAUCACUUCAGAAGAAUUUAUGGAGAUUGAAGCUGGAUUACGUGGAUCUUUUCCUCAUCCACACACCGUACAAUACGUUUGAUUACCCAAAUUACGACAUCCUGGACAUUUGGAGAGGUAUGGAGGACGCCAAAAAGCUUGGCUUGACGAAGUCCAUCGGCAUCUCUAAUUUCAACAGCACUCACGUCAAUAGAAUACUAAAAUAUGGAAAAAUAAGACCAGCUGUCAAUGAAAUAGAGGUAAAUCCUACUAGAACACAGCUGGAUUUAGUAGCAUAUACCCAAAGUCAGGGUAUUACUGUAAUGUCAUAUGCGCCUUUCGGAUACCUUGUACCACGCAUGUCAAAUGAAUUUGUGCCGCCAACUUUUGGAGAUCCUACCCUGGUGAAGAUAGCCAGGAAAUACGGAAAAGAUACUAGCCAAGUAGUUCUACGUUAUUUGAUUGAUCGAAAUACAAUACCCAUACCAAAGUCACAAAACCCAUUGCAUAUAUCGAUGGACGUGGAUCUAUUCGACUUUAGUCUUACCCAAGAAGAAAUAUACGCUAUAAAUGAGUUCAACAAGAAUCUACCAGUUUAUGGAGGGGAUGAAGAGGCCAGGCUAGUUCGCCAAACAUACAAUUAUUUGUUACAGACUAUGCCUGUGCUCUACGGAUAGGUACAAUGUUGACAAAAAAAUAAAGAUUCCGAUGAACUGAUUUAAAAAAAAAAGGUUUUUAAUAAGGAAAUGAGGAAUAUGAGACAUACUUGACAUAUUGUUAAUCUUUUUCGAAAUAAAUGGAAUUAAAUAUA